AUGAGUUUGAGUCCGGAAUUAUUCCGGUUGCCGGAUCGAUCAUCGGGACAGCAUAGUAUGACAAUACGAGAACUUUGUGACAAUGAUGAUAUGGCAACAAGCAUUAUCGUCGAUCCGAUUCUGGGUUUUCGCACACAUAAAAUGAAUCUUCAUUAUCGUCCACCGCAACACGAGGAACAAAUUAAGCUGAAGUGCAUAUUGAGGAAAUAUAAGGAGGAUCAGGAUUUGUGCGCAGCGAUUCAAGAAAUUUUCCAUGUGAGUGCAAUAACGAGAUUUCUGAAACGACGGACGCUAAAGCAGCAGCUUGCUUUCCGAGAUCACCUCUUGAGGUUUAUGCGAAUGUUUUCCAACGACUCAGGCUUUACAGUCCAAGCGUGUUAUCGUUACAAAACGGAAAAUCGCCUUGGUGGAAUGCUAGUUGCUACGAAAUCAUGGCAAAAAGGUGAUGUCAUUGGCAGUUUAGUGGGUGUUAUUGGUGAUCUCAGUCACAACGAAGAAUCUCAAUUGCUGAGAAAAGAUAUCAAUGAUUUUUCUGUCAUGUAUAGUACAAGAAAGCAACGAGCUCAGCUGUGGCUUGGUCCUGCUGCUUAUAUUAAUCACGACUGCUAUCCCAACUGUAAAUUUGUCCCAAAUAGCUAUGCCGCUGUUGUACAGGUAUUACGUGACAUUGCAAUAGGGGACGAAAUUACAGCAUAUUAUGGUGACAAUUUUUUUGGCGAUAACAAUUGUCGUUGUGAAUGUUUGACUUGUGAACGAUCUUGCAAAGGUUUUUUCACAAGUUUGGUGGUAACAGCUGCCGCUUCGUUGGAAAAAAAUUGUGCUGAAUCAAAAGAGUCCGGUAACAGUUAUAAAUUUCGUGUAACCGAUUCGAGGCUUUGUCGUUUUAUGUCACAAUCAAAUCAACUGAACACGACGAUGACGCUUCGCCGACAUACCGUUGCUGCUUUACGGCAUAUACCUCAUCGUUUCUCAACUGGAAGAAUUGAAGCGGAAACUUCUAUAAAUUGUUCGAAAAAAAGGACUAGAAAAGUAAAUAAUGGCCGCGAUGUUCCCAGAAAUCAGCAAAGAGUUAGACGUUCUAUAAGAACAUCAUCAUCUACAUCUUUAUCUUCAUCGUCAUACUCGACUGUAUCCAAUGUGCAAGCUUGGAUGAACACUACACCGUAUAUGGUUGUGAAUAGUACGAAGGCAGAUAGUUCUGAGGCUGCAAAGCAUUCCCAGGAAAGCGAUUUGAAUACCUCGAACAAUUUGAUUCCAACUGGUAAAUCUCGCGGAUGCCAGACUGUAAGACAAAGAAAAUCAGCAAAGAAUAAUGGGUCCACACAUCGUAAUCGUUCUAGUAAGUUGAAUAACCGAACGUCGAACCAGCUGAGCUGUGAAAAACCGCGAACAUCGCAAAACGGUUUGCAAAUUCUUGCCGCUGUUGCGACGACUAUGAGCUUUAUUGAUGGAUCUCAUUUGAUGCCUUUAUCACAAGAUUCCAUUAAUUGCAUUGGUGAUAUUGAGGAUAUCAGAAAUGAGCAGUGCUCUGAUGACGAUAUGGAAAUUCGAACAGCUUCUAAUUACUACAAUAGCCGCAAUUUUUCUUUGGAUCGCAGUGUUGCAGAAGUUAUUGCGAGACGCUCAUCUUCUGGAUCCAAUAAUUUGGAAGAGGUCAUUAAUUGUUCCAAAUCAUGUCUGUCGGAAAGUCAUGAUGUUCUUUCAACUGUUUUUGAUGGAAAUAGUUGCUAUGAUGAUGAUGGUGGUUAUGAUGGCGUUUCUGAAACAGGUUUGGAUAAUGACAUGAGUUACAACAAAGCGGAAAAACCUGCAGAUCAAGUUCAAUAUAAUGAUGUUUCUAAAGCAAGUUUAAAUGAUAUGCACAGGAAACGCAGAACCAAAGUCCAUCCUUAUUAUAAAAUCGCGUUUCACAGUUUGCUGACACCUACUUCUGGAUAA